GGCCGCGGCUGGAGGGAGGAAGAUGGCGGAGGCGUCGGCGGCCGGGGCGGGCGCGGGCGCCGCGGUGGCCGCGCACCGCUUCUUCUGUCACUUCUGCAAGGGCGAGGUCAGCCCCAAGCUCCCGGAAUAUAUUUGUCCCAGAUGUGAAUCAGGCUUUAUUGAAGAAGUGACAGAUGAUUCCAGUUUUUUAGGUGGUGGUGGUAGCCGAAUAGACAGUAGCACAUCAACACAUUUUGCAGAGCUCUGGGACCAUCUGGACCACACCAUGUUUUUCCAAGAUUUUAGACCAUUUCUAAGUAGAAGUCCACUGGACCAAGAUAAUAGAGCUAGUGAGAGGGGCCAUCAAACUCAUACAGAUUUUUGGGGACCAAGUCGACCUCCACGGGUCCCAAUGACUCGGAGAUAUAGAUCGCAAGGAAGCACUCGUCCAGACAGAUCUCCAGCUAUUGAAGGGGUAAUACAACAGAUCUUUGCAGGAUUCUUUGCAAAUUCUGCAAUUCCUGGAUCUCCUCACCCCUUUUCCUGGAGCGGGACGCUGCACUCCAACCCUGGGGACUAUGCCUGGGGUCAGACAGGGCUUGAUGCCAUUGUAACCCAGCUUUUAGGACAACUGGAAAACACAGGCCCUCCCCCAGCUGACAAGGACAAGAUCGCGUCUCUCCCAACAGUGCCAGUGACUCAGGAACAAGUUGAUACGGGUCUUGAGUGUCCUGUCUGCAAAGAAGAUUACACAGUGGAAGAGAAGGUCCGGCAGCUGCCUUGCAACCACUUCUUCCAUAGCAGUUGCAUCGUGCCCUGGUUAGAACUGCAUGACACGUGUCCUGUAUGUAGGAAAAGCUUAAAUGGUGAGGACUCGUCCACACGGCACAGCCAGAGCUCUGAGACUUCGGCUGGCAGCAGACUCAGCAAUGACAGCCAGCUGCAUGACCGAUGGACUUUCUGAAGCCAGAGACUGUAUCUGAGCCAGGGCUGCAGGGCCUCUCUUCACAGCUGUAAAUUGUAUCAAAACUAAAAAAAAAAAAAAACAAUAGUGGGUGGACCUAGAAACCACGUUACGAAGCCACACUGAUAAUAUUAAUGCAAUGGGUGUUAUUCUCUAAAUUUAAAGUUAGUCUGCAGAUGGAAUUGUAUCUACAACCAAAUGCCUCUUAUCCUGAAUUCAGAGUGAUGAUUUUAUAAAUAUGAAACUUAAUCAUGUGGGUUUCCCCCCACCAGGUAGAACCUGUUCCUCCUUACAGUCUAGCUCGUCCUGCUGUCAUGUCACCUUACAAUGGGCCUUCCUGCCCCUUCUCCAGUGUCUGCUAACAUUCGUGUGUUUCAUAGUGAACGUGGUGGAACCACAGCCCAAAGGUCCUGCUGAUCUCGAUGUCCCUUUGUUUUCAUCGUACAAAAGUAGUUAUCAUUGGCCACCUUAGUCAUGAGGUGAAGUCUGAUUAAUUCAGGAAUCUGUGACUAAUAUGAUCUGUUUUAUCUUGAGUCCUCAGAGAGCAAAAUCAAGGAAAAACUAUGGGAAGGAGAAAAUGACUUAUCAUUGUAAUUUUUAGUUUUCUCGCUUCCAUUUUUAUAGUCUGCUUCACAUGAUGUAUUUUCCUCAGCAACCAGACUGACAUGGUCUUGUCUGCUAUGGGUCGGAGACCACGUCUGGUUCCUUUCUGAGGGCGAGACUGACAGCACACAGGCACAGACGUAGAUGUCUUUGAAGUCUGAGUGUUCUGGGGGAUUUUUAAUGACCUUUUUUAAUGGUCCUGAGGUUCAUUAUUGAUGGUCUUUUUCGUCUGGGGGGGCUGUGAAAAUAAUUUCCCACAUGGAAAUAGAAUCAUGUCAAUACUGCUACUGCAGUCAAGUCAUUGUUUUUAGUAAUUUCUUCGAUUUGGAGGAUUCAGAUUUUACAUGGUCUCAUAUUACUUUUUAAGCCGUACUUUCAUCUGUGAACUUUUUCUCUCCUUUGUUCUUUCUGGCUAUUCUGGGAGUCCCACUGACUGGGAUUGUGCUCAAAUGGCCUUGAUCUAGGAGCGGGAGGCUUUUUCCUUUCCACCAGCUGGGCAUGUGCAUAAGGACAUGCUCCUGAUAGCUUUUAGAGGUUUUAAAUGGAAUGAAUGAAGACAAUAUUGAUGCAACUUCAAGAUUUCGAAAGGAAAUGAUGGGGAAAUGUGACCCAUGGCUGGUCCACCCUGACCAUGCUGGUAUUGGUCAUUAAAUAGGUCACAUUGGUCCCAGGGAGUCAUUUCUGGUUUUAUUGACUCUUGUACACUGAUUUUAGAGCAGCGGGAAGAGGGUUAUAGGUAUAUCUAGUAUGUACUUUGGUAGAUGGUUAAGGAAUAGGAGAGCAGAGAGCAUGUGAGAGUGAUUUACUGACUUCAUAGCCUUCCUUUAAGAGUUGUGACCAUGAGAUUUGAUUCAGGUUGGGCCCUGAGGGAAUAAAAGAUGUUUCUCCACUUA